GCGAACGGCUCUGGGCUUCCUGGGUCUGGAGGAGGGGGACGCGGCGAGGUGAGGCACGAGGCCACGAGGUGAGGGAUAGGAGGAUUGCCACUUUCCCAGGGAUUUGUUGGCUUCCACUAGGAUCAGACUGUGAAAGAGACUUCCCACGUGGAGGACCACCAGAGCUGUAGCCUCUGCCGGUGUGGGAAUGGACAGAUUGGGUUCCUUCAGUAAUGAUCCCUUUGAUAAGCCUCCCUGCCGGGGAUGUUCUUCCUAUCUCAUGGAGCCCUAUAUUAAAUGUGCUGAAUGUGGACCUCCUCCAUUCCUCCUCUGCUUGCAGUGCUUCACCAGAGGAUUUGAGUACAAGAAGCAUCAAAGUGAUCACACUUAUGAAAUAAUGACCUCAGACUUUCCUGUUCUUGAUCCCAGCUGGACUGCUCAAGAGGAAAUGGCCCUUCUGGAGGCAGUAAUGGACUGUGGCUUUGGAAACUGGCAGGAUGUGGCCAAUCAGAUGUGCACCAAGACCAAGGAAGAAUGUGAGAAACACUACAUGAAACAUUUCAUCAACAACCCUCUUUUUGCUUCUACCCUGCUCAACCUCAAGCAAGCAGAGGAAGCGAAAACUGCCGAUACAGCUAUUCCAUUCCAGUCUACUGAUGAUCCUCCAAGGCCUGCCUUUGAUUCGCUGCUUUCUCGGGACAUGGCAGGGUAUAUGCCAGCCCGGGCAGACUUCAUUGAGGAGUUUGACAAUUAUGCAGAAUGGGACUUGAGAGAUAUUGAUUUUGUCGAAGAUGACUCAGACAUUUUACAUGCCCUGAAGAUUGCUGUGGUAGAUAUCUAUCACUCCAGGUUAAAGGAGAGGCAGAGGCGGAAAAAGAUCAUACGAGACCAUGGCUUAAUCAACCUUAAAAAAUUUCAGUUGAUGGAACGGCGUUAUCCCAAAGAGGUCCAAGAUCUUUACGAGACAAUGCGGCGAUUUGCAAGGAUUGUGGGACCAGUUGAGCAUGACAAAUUCAUUGAAAGUUAUGCAUUAGAAUUUGAGCUUCGAAGGGAAAUCAAGCGGCUUCAGGAGUACAGGACAGCUGGAAUCACCAAUUUUUGUAGUGCCAGAGCCUAUGAUCACCUCAAGAAGACCCGAGAGGAGGAGCGCCUGAAGCGCACCAUGUUGUCGGAGGUCCUGCAGUACAUUCAGGACAGCAGCGCCUGCCAACAGUGGCUCCGUCGGCAAGCUGACAUUGAUUCAGGCUUGAAUCCUUCAGUUCAAGUGUCUUCAAAUUCAGGUGAUACAGCCUAUAUGCCAACCAAGAAGAAUGUCCCUUCCCAGAAACCCAAGGGUAGACGGAGUGCACCUCCCUUGAAUCUCACUGGCCUCCCAGGCACCGAGAAGCUAAAUGAGAAGGAAAAAGAGCUCUGUCAGAUGGUGAGGUUGGUCCCUGGAGCCUAUUUAGAAUACAAAUCAGCUCUAGUGAACGAGUGCAACAAACAGGGCAGCUUGAGACUGGCACAGGCUAGAGCUCUCAUCAAGAUAGACGUGAACAAGACCCGGAAAAUCUAUGACUUCCUCAUUCGAGAAGGGUACAUCACCAAAGCAUGAGGCCUGCAGGGCCUGGGACCAGAGCACAGGUGCUUGGAAUGUGGUCGAUGGAAGGAUGGCCGAGGGAAUUCCAGCGAGUUGUGUUGGGGACGUGGGCAUUUUGUCAGUUUUGUAUCAGAGUGUCUACUUUCUCUCCCCCACCCUGCUUUAGAAGGCUCCCAUCGUCAUCAUCAGUAUUCUGCUACAGAGUUGUGUGCCAGCCAAGCUGUUACUUAACAUGAGUGGGCAUCCAUUCUUCACGCCUCUUGGUGACUAAAAUGAGAAUCAUAGGACCUCGCAUGUCAGUGCUGGUCGAACUAGCACCAGACCCAGGGGUCCAGGGGCCCAGGGGCUCAGGGGCCCAGCUCAUUAGCUUGGUAGCUAAGACACAAGCUUUUUGAAUACCUACAGUCAGAGAGGGUAGUGCCUUGAAGACAAGGAAAUGUUUUUAGAGAUUAUGAGGAAACUUGACCCUUCUAAGUUUAUUUUUUUAAGCCAACAACUGGAAGCUCCCUUGAUCCUGGUGAGAGAGGGACUGCCAGUCUCCCUGUGUCUGUGUCGUUUUGUCUUGAACUGUGUCUUCCAAUCAACUGAUUUUAGCCUGGUACUUACUGCAGUCAAACUAGCUCUCUAAUCAGUCUGUGGCAGAGUGUGGCGCCCACCGGCUGGAAGCUGUCUCUGUUAUUUUUAGAACUAAUGGAUUAAAAUGUUUUCCUAUUUAAUUUGUGGGUGUGUCAAAUGCUGGUGCAGUUGAAGAGCUCUGAGCCGGCACUGGCUCUUCCCCCUUAAACCGUCUUCCCCUCCCAACUAUCAGUCAGUCAACAAGCCUUUAUUAAGAACCCACUAAUGUGCUAAUCUCUGGAGGAUAUGAAUUAAAACAGAAACUUGGUCUCACCCCUCAAGGGAAUGAAUACCUUACAACAGGACCUACUACCUCUGCCUAUUUCAUCCUGGGACCUAAGGACCCUGAUGGAUGGAAAUGAUGUUCCUGAUUUGUGAGAUUUGAACCUUAGAUCUCAGAGAUGAAAGGCAGGAAGUGUGCUACUUUAUUUUAUUUUUUGUUAGGGAGGCUGGACCUAUGACUUUAUUCAUGUGGGGAAUUCCUAGUGUAGAAACUCCCUCCACAAAUGCAAAUCUGUAACUGAUUAUUAAUUUAUUGUCUUAGAAAGUUUGCUUGGGCAACAAGAGGUGAAGUGAUUUGAGUAAAUCACACUGCUAGGAUGUUGAAGACUGGCCAGGAACCAAGUCCUCCUGACUCUAAACCUAGCACUGUCCACUAUUCCAAACUUUUAUGGGUAUACAAAUACAGGAGUUGAAAAAGGAAGAAAACCAGAGCAUCUGUAAGUAAUUCUAAACAGUGGCCAGUUCAAAUAUGUCCCUUUGCAGGUCUAAGGAUGGGAAGUUUGACCAAACCUGAAACUGAGGUCUCAGUCUGCCUUCCCAGGGCAUAAGAGGACCAGUCAAUUCACAGAAUCAGGCUGCCUGCCCUACAGCUCUCCCUCCCUGGAAACAUUGCACCAGGCAGCAACUUUGGUUGGGUCAAACCCUUUGUUACUGAAAUUCAAACUUCUUUUUGCCAUCCAAGCUUCUCCUGAAAGCAGCCUUGGACUCCUUGGACUCUUGAGUAAGGCUCAGACCUUUUGGCUUCUGAGGGGUUUGUAAACUGAGCAGAUGAAUCCCGUUUCCUCAAGGGAUGGAAAGAAUGGAAAGAGAACCUCCUAGCAAAUGAAGGAAUUAAAAUAGAGAACUCUUUAAAGAUGGAAGUAGAGUUGGAGGAAACUUCCGGAGAAUCCUAGCAUGACUGGAAAGAAUCCCAGUUGAUUUUGUUACUUUAUAGGCAAUGAACUGUGUGUCAGGUUCAGUGCAAGGCAUAUAAAUGCAAAAUAAAUCAAAAUAAAGGAAGGGAAGGAGAAAAAGGAAGGAAGGAACAAUCUCUGCUCUGAAUAGCAUUUUGAAUAUUAUUUCAUAGGAUUAGACUCAAAACUGGAAAGGCUAUCAUUUUCCCUCCUCAUUUUUAUAGAUAAAGAAAUGAAAUCUCAGAAAGCUUUAAAGUUUUGCCUGAACCUGACACAGGUGGCAAGGUGGCAGAGGUGACAUUGGUGCUCUUUCCACUGUCCUAAAAUGAGUCAAGAAAAUUAAUAACUAUUGUAAAUACUUCACAAGAGCAAGGUCAGCAAAAAAUGUAGAGGGAAAGCUCACAUCAAUAGGAAUACAAUGAAGUAAGUAGACAUGGGAUUUAUGUGGAUUUGGGACAUAGUGAACAUAAUUUGGAGAUGAGACUCAUUUGGGAAGGUCCGCAGACUCCAGGAAGGACUCACAUUGGGGAAUUCCUCAAACUCCUAAGAUCCUCCUGGAGUUCCUAUUUAAAAAAAAAAAAUUAUUAUAGCUUUUAAUUUACAAGUUAUAUGCAUAGGUAAUUUUACAGCAUUGAUAAUUGCCAAACAUUUUGUUCCAAUUUUUCCCCUCUUUCCCCCUUCUUCUCCCCCUGAUGUUAAGUUGAACAAUACAUGUUAAGUAUGUUAAAGCAUAUAUGUCCUAACAGUUGUUUUGCUGUAUAAAAAAGAAUUGGAGUUUGAAAUAGUGUACUAUUAGCCUAUAAAGGAAAUCAAAAAUACAGGCGGAAAAAAAUAGAGGGAUUGGAAAUUCUAUGUAGUGGUUCAUAGUCAUCUCCCAGAGUCCUUUUGCUGGGUGUAGCUGGUUCAGUUUAUUAUUGCUCUAUUGGGACUGAUUUGGUUCAUCUCAUUACUGAAGAUGUCAAGUCCAUCAGAACUGAUCAUCAUAUAGUAUUGUUGUUGAAGUAAAUAAUGAUCUUCUGGUCUUGCUCAUCUCACUCAGCAUCAGUUCAUGUAAGCCUCUCCAGGCCUUUCUGAAAUCCUCCUGCUGGUCAUUUCUUACAGAACAACAAUAGUUCAUAAUAUUCAUAUACCACAAUUUAUCCAGCCAUUCUCCAAUUGAUGGGCAUCCACUCAGUUUCCAAUUUCUGGCCACUACUACCUGCCACAAACAUUCUUGCACAUACAUGUCCCUUUCCCUUCUUUAAGAUCUCAUUGGGAUAUAAGCCCAAUAGUAACACUGCUGGAUCACAGUUUGAUAACUUUUUGAGCAUAGUUCCAAAUUGGAGCUCCUAUCUCUUGUCAGUUUGACUGCAGGGCAGUAAAUCUUAGAAGAGAAAAAAAUUUAAUUAGCCUCAGCUGAUGGGCAGUUGACUACAGUAACUCUACAGAACAAGAAAAAAUGCAUAUAGAUGUGGGGUUUGAGUCUGAGGUGACAUUUCAGGCAGACAAAGGAGGUGACUGAGAGGCUGCUCAUCCACUUUCCUUAUUUGGGAAGUUGAGCAACAGGGAAAGAAUGCAGGUGAUUCAGAGGGGGAAUUUGUUAAGGUUGGGGUCAGAAGGGUUAAUCUUGGGGACUAUGGAGAUUCCAAAGAUCAGGUUGUAACAGUGAAAUAUUUACUCUUGUCAAAUAUUCCAGCAGGCAGAAAGUUUCUUAAUAAUGCUGGCCUCCUUCAAAAUAGAGUCAAUAGGCCUGUCAUGCUGCUGAAUUAAAUACAGACUGAGGAGCUGUCUCUGUUUAUACGACCCUAUAGUUCAGUUUCUUUGUCCUUGAAGGUUUCUUUUUCUGCAGAGAUUUUCCUUUCUUUCCUCCCAAAACUCAUAGUCUACCUUCUCUAUACUUAGAUACAUCAUCCAUUGCUAUGGAUGGAUGUAGUUAUACAGGCCUCCACUCUGCCAACCCUCCUCAUCCCUCCCACAAAUCUUUUACUUUUCCCAUGGGGCUAUGGAUUCUGAUACGUGAACUUUCACUCUUGCAUUCCUUCCUGGCAAUUUCCACAUCAUCCUACCAAGUUCCCAGCUCUUUUUUUUUUUUAAACCAAUAUUUAUUGAGCACUUAUUAUGUGCUAGGCACUGUGCUUAGAGCUCAGAUCUUAACCUUAAAUCAUAAGUUCCUUACAGAGGCAAGAUUACCUUUGCUUAUCUAUAUUUGUUUCAUCACUUGCCCCUAUACCUGGCAUGUAGUAAAUGCCUAAUAAAUGCUUUUUUAUCCACCUAUCCAUCCAAACAGUGUUCUUUGCACCAUUCCACAGUUGCUUCUCCAUCAGAUUACUGAUUGACCCUGCAGGAUCUUCCUUGUCUUUGGAAAAAGAACAUUCUAUUGAAAUAGGGUAAAUCCCAGGCAACCUCUGUAUGUAUGUGUGUGUGUUUUGGGGGCAGGGGACAUUCUCCCUGAUUUCAUGUUUAAUUUGCAAUCCAUCCCAUCAGUUUUGAUUAGAGAAUGGAGUUGCUGCUACUCUUAUCCUAUCCUAUUCUAUCAACUGAGGAAGGCUCCCUGGAGGAGGUGGAUUUUGAAAUGAUGGGAAUGAGAAAAGAGGGAUGGCUUGGCAGAUGGAAGUGGGAAGACAUUUUAGACAGUGGGUGGAAGAUGUGGAGGCAGCAGUGGGAGGGAGAGAAAUGCCUAGUAAUUUGUUUGGUUAGAACAGAAGGGGCAGCUGGGGUACUUAUGAGUGGGAGGGAAGCGGGAUAAUCUGGAAGCCUUUAAACCAGAUUGGGUUUUGUAGAUCUGAUAAGAAAUUAGUAGAGUUAUAAGAAGAGAAGUGGAAAGGUUGAAACAACUAAUUAGAGUGAAAAAGGCUGCUUAAGGAGCUGUUUUAGGAAGUGCCAAGGUCCCUCUUUUGGGUAAAAUUGAGAACCACCAUAUUUGGCCAGUCUGAUAAAAAACGGGUCUUUACAGAACCACUAAGUUGUUACCAUUCUGCAUAUUUAGCAGUAAAAAAGCAAUUGUCUGUGUCUGUUGUGACCAUCUUUUACAUACCAUUUCCUCCCACAUUGUUGUUACCUAGUGAAGACUAUCUUUAUGUCACUGAUUCUAUCCUGUAAAUCUAGGGCUAGCAGGAUCCACCAAAAAGCGUCUAAAAUCCCUUUUUCCCACACUUACCAUCUGGUAACCCAGCCUGUUCUGGUGUAGCUCCCUCUUAAUCUCAAAGAGUUUGAAGAGGGAGAUUCUUUAGCCUUCCUCUGUAACUCAGUCAACUGCUUUGAGAUUCUUAAUAAAAUAGAAUUCUUAAUAUAUGUCUAAUCUUAAUCAUUCUUGUUUGGGUUUUAAGCAUGCUCAUAGAACCCCACCAAUUAUUUUAAAAUUAUAUAAAUUAUAUUUAAAAAAUUUAAUCAUCCAUUUUCUUGGCCCUUUUCCUAAUCCCAAUUCCCAGCCCUAUUUUUGUUUUUUUGGGGGGUAUACCGCUGGAUGGUUCAAGGGAUACAGUGCCAUGCCUGAAGUCAGACUUCUCUUCCUGAGUUCCAAUCUGGUCUUAGACACUUUGUUAGCUGUCUGAUCAUGGGCAAGUCGCUUAACUCAUUUGCCUCAGUUUCUUCACCUGUAAAAUGAGCCAGAAAAGGAAAUGGCACACCACUCCAGUAUCUUUGCCAAGAAUACUCCAAAUGGGGUCCUAAACAAGUAGACAAUUGGAGGCAAAAUGAUGAUGUAAGCAAUAAAUCACGGGAUCUCCUCCAUAAUCACUUCCAAACAAAUCCUAGAACAUCAGCACAAAGGUGGGAUGAAACAGUCUUUUAGCCCAAGAAAUUUGGAAGAUUGGCAAAAAAGUAUUUUUUUUUUUUU